UGCCCGGUGGCGAUGAGGUGCUUACGAAGAUGACUUCUAGAAGGAGCCGAAGGUAUUAUGCAAUUAAUCAGGCGUACUAUCUCGACGGUGGAAGAAGUCCUUGAGUAUAGUGGAUAUGGAUGGUGGGUUGACACGAGAUACGUCUUCAUUUUACCAUUUUAGUGUCAGAGGUCCCCAGAAUCCGCCACCAUGAUAUCGCUGCAGGUGCUUGCAGUCGCCGCCGCCUUGAUUAUACAAGUUUACAGUCAGAGGUUCGACCGUGUUCAGCAAAACAAUUUUGUAAGAGAUUCGCCCCAGGUACCUUUGGCCAGCACAAUUUGCCAGGAAAAAAAUGGCCGUUAUCCUACAAGAACCUGCGAUGGUUACAUAGAAUGUGUUGAUGGAAUUCCCGAAGAAAAACUUUGUCCUGACGGUCUACUGUUCAAUCCAGCUGCAGGAGUAUUUGCUUUCCCUUGCCAAUAUCCUAUCGAUGUUGACUGCACAGGAAGGGAACAAACUCAACCCCCACAAUCUACGGAAGACUGUCCACACCAAUUCGGAUACUAUUCAAUCGGCGAUCAACGAAGCUGUGGCCAGUUCAAAAAUUGCGUAGAUGGGAGAGCUUUCAUUUUUGAUUGUCCUGAAGGGCUCGCCUUCGAUGGAGAAAGUUACAGGUGUGACUGGCCUGAUCAGGUUCCAACUUGCGACGCGGAAGCAUACCUCGGCUUCACUUGUCCCCCAGAUGCUAGACAAUUUGGAUUAGGACAAGAAGAGUACCGGUACUUCCGUUCUCCCAACGAUUGCCAGAGGUAUUUCAUCUGCAUUGAAAACCGCCCUCGCUUGUACAACUGUGGAGAAGGCAAAGCUUUCAACGACCUCAUCAACGCCUGUGAUGGUAUAGAAAAUGUAACAGGAUGCGCACUGCCUGGACAAUUCCAGACCCAGCCACAAAUUCAGUUCAGAGGAACUCCUACUAAACUACCCACUUCUAGAUUUAACGGUUAGAUUGGGCAUACUAUGUAAUUUCUGUACAUAUCAGUUUAUUAAUAAAGUUUAUUUUGUUUUUAUCUAGUA